CCGCAGGUUAACUCUUUUUUAUGAAUCAGAUUCUUGAAGCACCAAAUGAGGAAGAAGUUCCACUACUUCUGGAGAUAUAUGGGCUCUGUCUUAGCGGAGGAAAGGAAGUUCAUAAUGCUAUAAUUAGCAGUGUAUGUGAUUUGGCAAAAGCAUUCUCAGGAUACCAAGAUGAAGUACUGGCAAAGCGAGAAGAAUUGCUCCAAUAUGCUCAAGGUGCAGUUUCAGGAUUGAAAAUAAAUGCUGAUCAUGAAAGAAUAGAUGCUGAAGUUAGCAGUCUAAAGGAAAAACUUGAUAUAAUGAAGGAAUCCCAUCAUUCUUUAAUUAAAAGAAGUGCAAAAUCACAUGAAGAAAUGACUUUUUCAACUGUAGAGGGUCUUCAACAAAUUUUACAUUUGAGGCAAUACAAUGGGCGUGUUUCUUUUGUGCCUGCACCUAGCUUUGAAACCUAUGGAGAGCCAACUAGUUACCCCAACAAAUCUACUGGCAAGCCUAAUAGCUGUAGUACAAGUGAAGAGGAGUCUAUUAAGGUUCGGCAUCAUGGUUACCAGGGACUUAAUAUUGACUUGGAGAAUGCAUAUGGUGCUAAAGAAGGCCCACUAUGA